GUGUGGACGAAUCGUGCAGUGUGUUGUCGCAUUGCUUUGCCUCAGGGACAGAUGUCUUCUCCAGAGAUUGCUUCUCUGUCGUGGGGCCACAUGAAGGUAAAAGGUUGCUCAUCCUCCUACAAAGACUGCAAAGUGUGGCCAGGUGGCAGCCGUGCCUGGGACUGGAGAGAAACGGGAACUGAUCAUUACCCAGGCGUGCAGCCAGCGGACUUGGAUGAGAUCCUGAGGAAGGGAGUGCAGACGCUGGUGAUAGGCAGGGGAAUGAGCGAAGCACUGCAGGUACCUGCCUCCACUCUGGACUAUGUGAAGCAGCAGGGAGUGGAUGUGAAAGUGUUCCAGACAGAGAAGGCAGUGAAAGAGUACAACAACUUGGCAGCCCAGGGAGCAAAAGUAGGAGGAGUCUUUCACUCCACCUGCUGAUGACAACACUGUCCUGCCUCCUGCUAACCUGUGCCAUCCUUGGAGUACGGAGACAUCCAGUGGAACAUUUUACAGGGCCUUACUAAAAUGUCACAGAGAAGCUGAACACACUAGUGUGAGGUAAUGGAGCUGAUGUUUUGCACUCAGCCAGUCCACAGCUUUUACUGAAGAUAACCGAAACACUCAUUUGGGUAGACAAAUUUUUAAGUUUAUUUAAAAAAAAGAGGUUCUCAAACAUGAAAGCAAUUUACAUGACUCCGUUGCAUUAAUACUUUGUUUUUCUUGACCGAAUCUGUCAACAGAGAAAAAUAUUUUUGCUUAUAAAUUUUUUUGUUGUAAAACCAAAUCAUUUAAAGAAGAUCAACAAACUGUUUAUUGAAAAUAAACAUAUAGAAAGGAAACACAGGAGUCCAGCUGUAGCAUAUGUUUGACGUUAAC